AGUGAUUAGUUUGUAAUAUAAGAACGAAUUUGGAGAUAUCUAAUAAUGCGGAUAUUUUGAUUAGGUUCUUUAUCGUUCUGUCAGUUUAGUACGUGAAUUGAGUGCUUGGUUUUGCGGAGUGAGGUAAGUAAUUUAUGGUAAUGCCCGUAUUGUUUUAAAAGCAUGUUUUGAUUUGUUUUUGAAGUGGUGGCGGGACUAAACCCAUUUUACACGAGCAUGACUGAUUUGAAGUGAAAUGUUUUAUGCUUUUCAUUAAAUUGAGCAUUAAAUUGAGCAUGCCUACUUGAAAUUUAAGUGACUGUCCUGAUGAUCUGAAAGUGAUUGUGAAUUGUGAUUUUCCUGUUAACUUCUGCCUGUUUUGUCUCCAAUGUGGUCAUGUUAUUCGUGACCCAGCUAGUGGGGGAGGUUAUAAACACUAGCACAUGUCGGCACAUGUCGAUAUGUUAUUCGUGACCCCGCUAGUGGAGGAGGUUACAAACGCUAGCACAUGUCGACAUGUAGUGAUAGAGCCGGUUCGUUCAACCCAGCUAGUGGGGGUUAUACACCAGCAAAUCGUGGCCCUGCUAGUGGGGAUUAUACACUGGCCGUGACCUAUAGAGGAGACGUCUAUUUCGUGCCCGUACUGUAUCUGUUUUUCGUGAUUGCACUUGUUGGCAUGCUAUAAGUUUAAUUAAGGGCAAUCCAUAUUUUACUUACUGAGUUAUCUCACCUCGUUUUUCUUAUCCAUCAUUUCAGGUAGUGUGCCCCAAGACUCGGAAAUCAAGGGGAGUGACGUGAAAAAAAAAGGCUAGCCACUUGAGAUUUGACAUAGAUUUUAGAUACAUGUACACCACGCUCCUGUAAGUUAGAUUUUAAUUGGAAAUUUUAUGGUAUCAAAACUGAUUUUGUUCAGUAAGUUCCGAGCCUUGUGCACUUGUGGGACCCGUUUCACGAGUGCACGGCGUCUGUCGCGCCUCGGAUUUGGGUUCUGAGGCGUGACAAAAACAUAUUCUUAAGAUCAGUACAGCCCUAUAACAUUCAAGAAC